AUGUCCAACCUGUUUGAGCAGGCCCGCGAACGUCUCAACGGGUCCACUGCACUUGUCCCGGAGCGGUUGCGGUUCAUCACGGGCGAGGCCCCCACUCUCGGUGGUGGAGGAGGUAACAGCAGCGGUGACAGCAGCGACAGUAGUCGUGGCAUGAGCCGUACCGGCAGCUACUCGACCAGCGAGACUGACCCUUCAGAGUCGUCGGGCCAGGGUUCCUCUGGUCCCGGAAGCGGAUCCGAUGACUCCGAAAGCUUGCUGACAACAGGGUCCAAGUCCGGCCACGGUCAUCAACACCGCCAUCCUCUCCAUCACCAUUAUACCAAGCGUGGCCAAGCCGACAGUGCUGCAACCACAAACUCCUCCGCUUUCGUUUUCGGUACCAACGGUAGCUCUGGCGAGAAAAUUGCUGCUCCCCCUACCGUCAACUCGAAUGCUGUGUCUAAUGGUGCCAGCAUGGGUUCGGAAGCGGCUGAAAAAGCUGUUUCUAAUUUCAAAACGGAUCAGGACACUUCCAACUGA